CGCCUCGAGGGCGGGCGGCAGCUCAUCGGCCUCCGCGUCCCCGUCAGCUCCCGGCCCCCGCCUCGCUGCAGCUCCGAGGCGCAGCUCUGCUCCUUGGCAGCCUGCACCGUGUUUCUCGGCAGCCUGAGGAGUGCCUGAUGGCCACUUUCAGGCGCUCUGACCCUCAACUCGGGUUACCCCGUAUGAAACAUUAUUGUAACUUGCUUUUGUAAAGCAGUCUACCAGCACUUAUGCUUGGAAAUACGUAACACAUGGUAAUAAAAGCCUGUUUGGUUUUAAAGCCAAGGAAAAUAUCCAAGAAAUGAAGAAAGAGCUUGAUUCGCUUUUGCAAACAGCUGAGAAGGCGUUUACAGUGGAGCUGCUAAAGAUGCCGGUUGCCAUCAGGAAAAUGAAAAGAAAAGACCUGCUUAUUACAGAUUUGCAAGGAGGGGAGGAAAUGACUCUUGCUGCUGCAGUGACUGAGUGCUCUCUAGAAGACAUACCAAAUCCAAAACUGGCGAGAAGCAACAGCAAAAAAGUUAAGGUAACUACAAUUGUUGAAUAUGAAGAUGCCAAGAACAUAUCUGCAAAGAAAAUAUCUAAAAAAGUUUCCAAAACAAAGUCAUUGGUUUCAUUGGCCUCUGGUUUAAACAGCAAACUGAACCCUCUUUCUAGUGCCACAAACUUCAAAGCCACACCAAAAGUAUCUAAAAGUGCUGGACUACAACAGGCUGUUUCAAGAACUGGUACCAGUGGGAGAGUUCAAGGCAUGUUAUUAAGAAGUAAAUCAGUACCCCAAACUAAAAGUGUUCCAUUUGUAAACAUUCCCCUGGCUGAUGGACAGACACUCUGUACAGCUGGUGGAGACCUCCAUAAUAUUGAUGUGCAACUACUAAAUCAAGAUACAGUACAGCAUAUUCAUAACUUAGUGAGUGAGCUGACUGUAUUAUGUGGAAAGGCAACAGCUAAACCGAGUUAACAGAACUGCCUUGUGACUACAGAAUAUCCAUGCCAGCUCUUGCUUGCUGCAUCUGAAGUGUUUAAAGCAUGUCUAUGUCUUAAUAAAGCUGUAUACUGUGAAGCAAAUGGUUUUAUAGAAAA